AUGCAUGAAGCUAAAUCUACAUCUACACCUUUAGCUAUGCAUGAUAAAUUGUCUGAUAAACAGAAGCCAAGUUCUGCUAAGGAAAUGAGAGAUAUGGAAGUAAUUCCAUAUUCUAAUUUGGUUGGUAGUUUAAUGUACACCAUGGUGUGUACGAGGCCAGAUAUAGCACAUGUUAUAUCUGUGUGUAGCAGAUACAUGGCAGACCCAGGCAAGGAUCAUUGGGAAGUUUUAAAGAAAGUACUCAGAUACUUGAAAGGCAGUGCAGAUAAGGCUUUGCUGUUUGAGAGAAAUGUUGAAUAUUCUGGGGAUCCUAUUGUUGGUUUUACUGAUUCAGACUAUGCAGCUAAUGAAGACAAUAGGAGGUCUCAAUCUGGCUAUAUUUUCACCUUAUUUGGAUCUGCAGUUAGUUGGAAAUCUUCAUUACAACAUGUGGUUGCUUUAUCAACAACUGAGGCCGAGUAUAUGGCUGUUACUGAGGCAGUCAAGGAAGCUUUAUGGCUUAAAGGGAUAGUCUCUGAUUUUGGGAUAGAACAGAAGUCACAUCAAACCUUUCAUGAAAGGUCAAAGCACAUUAGUGUCAAGCUGCAUUUUGUUCGUGAUAUUGUUGAAAAAGGUGAUGUUCGAAUGGAGAAGGUAUCCACUGAUGAUAAUGCAUCAGACAUACUAACAAAGGCAGUACCAGUUGCUAAAUUUGAGUAUUGCCUAGAGUUGGUGAAGCUGAUUUCAAAGCCUUGA